AUGCUGCUUUGGACCAUAAGUGAUUUCCCAGCAUAUGGAAAUCUUGCUGGUUGUAAAGUAAAGGGUAAGAUGGGUUGUCCUAUAUGUGGGAAGCACACAGAUAGUUUGUGGCUGAGUCAUAGUAGGAAGUUUGUAUAUAUGUGCCACCGAAAAAGUUUGCCUCCGUCACAUAGAUUUCGAGGAAAGAAGAGUUGGUUUGAUGGUAAAGCAGAGCAUGGAACAAAGGGAAGGAUACUCACGGGUAGAAAUAUUUCCUUACUACUGAGAAACUACAAGAAUGAUUUUGGUAAUAGAAAAGAGAAUGGGAAGAAGAGAUCUAGAGCUGCUUGUGACAUACCAUCUGAUAACGAAGAUGAAUACAGUGAAUCUGAUGAUGAAGAAGAAGACUUAGCAGAAAAAGAUGAAGAGGAGUUAACUAGAUGGAAGAAAAGAUCAAUAUUCUUCACAUUGCCUUAUUGGGAGGAGAUCCCAGUAAGACAUAACAUAGACGUGAUGCAUGUGGAGAGAAACAUGGCUGCAAGCUUGAUUGCCACAUUGUUACAUUGUGGCAAUUCAAAGGAUGGAUUAAAAGCUAGAAAGGACCUCGAAACUCUUGGUAUCAGGAAAGAUUUGCAUCCAAAAGAUCAUGACGAGUGUAAAGUGAUAGGACUCGAAUCUCAUGAUUACCACGUCUUGGUACAACAACUGCUACCAGUUGCUCUUAGAGGAAGAGAAGCCCGACUAGCUGGUCCUGUCCAUUUCCGAUGGAUGUAUCCUUUUGAGAGGUACAUGAAAUUAUUGAAAGACUAUGUUAGAAACCCAGCAAUACCAGAGGGGUGUAUAGCUGAGUCAUAUCUUGCUGAAGAAUGCAUGAGGUUCUGCUCUGAUUUCUUGAAGACGACAACAAAUGUAGAAGAAAAAGAGGAGAGGAACACUGAGUACGAGAACCACUCAAUCCUAGAAGGUCGUCCUACAUCAGCUGGAACCUCAUUCACUCUCACUGAUAUGGAUAGAAAAAUAGCUCACCUUGCUGUAAUCCAGAACACGACAAUGGUGGAACCUUACAUUGAAUGCAGACGUGAUGCAAGUUAUGUAUGGACUAUGCACACUCAAAAUUUCCCCACGUGGCUAAAGCAACAGAUACCUCUUGAUUAUGAAGAUAAUGAUGAGACACUUAAGAUGUUGGCUUAUGGUCCACGUAGUAUAGCCAGAUCUUAUACAGGAUACAUUAUGAAUGGCCUGCGGUUUCAUACAAAGUCAGUGCAUAGGCUAAGUCAGAAUAGUGGGGUUUACUAUGAGGCAACAGCAAUGUGUAGAACUAGUGCAAGGGACACAGCAAAAGUGGUAGAUGUUGUAUCAUACUAUGGCAGAAUAGUUGAUAUAAUCUUGUUAGACUACAAUGUCUUCUACGUCCCAAUAUUUCGGUGUCCGUGGGCGGUUAAAGGUAACGGUGUUAAGGUAGAAGAAGGCUUUACGCUGGUUAAUAUGAAUCAGAGCCAAGUGUCAUUUGUGAAGGACCCAUUCAUUUUAGCCUCUCAAGCGAGACAAAUAUUUUAUUCAAGGGAGAAUGAUGAAUCUAGUUGGUAUGUAGUUUUGAAAGGUCCAUCUAGAAGAUACAGUGAUGAGAAUGUGGAAGAUGGGUAUGUAGAUGUUGGACCAUUACCUUCGGAUAUUGAUAUGACUCUAGAAGACGUACCAGAUGAGGCUCAAAAUGCCAGAGCUGAUUGUGAAGGAAUUUUUGUGUGA